CAACCUCAAAUGCAAAGCUGACCGACAUUCCACCAAGCUGAAAAAGCUAGUUGUAUGAUAUGUACUUAAGAUGCAUUGAAAUUCAGGUGCUCAAUCCAUGCUGGCCAGAUGUCUCAGGCAAGAAAGAGGAGAAGCGUCAGCCAUCCCGGAUCACUUUUCUGUUCUACAUUCUCUCUUAAUGUAAUUGCUUAGCCGUAAGAAGGAGACAAGGAGAAUUUUGUCGUAAAAGACAUGCCCGAGGAAACCGAAAAAGAUCCGUGCUGUUGUUUGUAAGGAGUAGAGACUUGUAUUUUGUGGUUUUGUGCCAUACAUAUUAUUUUCCCUAGUAAACGAGGACAUUUGGACAACUGCCUAGAAGAUCUGGUCACUUUAGUCCCAGUUGGUGCCAGAAAUCCCUCUCAGGCUGGAAAAUGGAGCAGGACUUCAAAACAAAGAUGUGAAGCUCGACUCGUCAGAAGUGAUUGUGGCAUCAUGGCUUCAGGAUCUGAAGAUGCCCCCGCAGCCCCUGAGUCAUCAGAUGCAUCAGAGGAGUGUCCAGCAGGAAAAAAGAAAUCCAGGUUCCAGACGUUUAAGAACUUUUUUGCGAAGAAGAAGAAGAAGGAGGCCGCAGGUCCAGUGGCAGAGAGCGAAGUCCAGUUGAAGUCCAGUCAGUCCAUUGAAGAUGUUAACGUUCCUGAGCCGGCUUCCAUCCACACCGACAAAGACAGUGACUCCAGUUCCAAUAUCAACGUGGGAAGCAAGGCCUUGUCACAGGACAGUGUUUUCAGCUCUGAUCCACCCUCACCUGAGACAAAUGAAGCCCUUCAGUCCUCACAGGACAGCAUUCAUGGCAAAGUCAAAUCCCUACAGAUGCAGCUGAAACAGGCGAUCCGACUUGGCUCUCCUUCAGCUACGAUCUCCAUGAAGAAGAGUGAGGACGGAGGGGUGGUUUCAGAGGACGACGGUCUGCCCUGCAGUCCCCCGGAGUACUCCACAAUUCACACCGUCCUUUCAACUUCCUCUCAGAGGUCGUCAGGUGUGGUCCAGAGGAGUGGUUCUCUCAGCCUGGAGGGAUCAGACAGCGAUGAUGACCAGAUGUCUGGGGCUUCAUCGAGACCAGGAACCCCACAAACAUCCAUUCCUGUGGACUUCAGUGAGCCAGCCAGCUCCCUCUCCUGCCUGGACUGUUCUGCUGCCCACCAUCGCAUUGCUGUCAAAUCCAGAGCCUGUGCUAAAAGGAAGCCUGCCAGUAGGGAGAUGCUACAACCCAAGAGAAGAGACCUGAGAGAAAGAGUACUGCUUAGAGACACAGAGGACAAACUGAGAGCUGCAAGAACAAGCACAGGAGAGGAGGAUAAUAAAGAUGAAGAGGAGAUCAAUGAAGUCCAGCACGACUCUCCAGAAAGCAUAUCGGUAUUAGCCGAGAAUGAGGAGGAACUGCCAGCAUCUUCUCAAAGAUCAUCUACAACAACUUCCGCCUCUGCGGAGGCUUCUGACGAUGACGAAUGCGUCCCUGACGAGGAUCACAUCGCCAGCUCUGGGGUCCUUGAUUCCUCCUGGGAGAACCCAGUAACACUGGAGCUUCAGACUGAUGACUUCCUGCUGGAUGGAGGAUGUGAGGUUGUCACUAAAGAGCAGGGUUCACUGCUGGAGGAAGUGCUGAGUUCCCUGAAGGGCCCCCUUGUGUCAGGUCUGGUGCUGGAGUCUGAGGCUACAGCUGAACAGAUGGAGGUUGAAGACACAGCUGGUGAAGAUGUCCUCGAUAACCUGGAUGUGUACACCGCUUCAGAACACCCUGAAUCCACAGAUCAGUCCUCAGUCCUGGAUGACCAAUUACCUGUUGAAAACAAUUUUUCUGAAUCAGUCACACUUCUACAAGAGGCAGAGAAUUUUGUACAGGAAGAAGAGGUGCCAGAGGAGCAAGAGUUUGCAGAGGAAGUCCAAUUUCCAGAAGAAGAUUUGCAAUUGCAUGAGGGCAGUAUUGAAAAAGAGGAGUAUAAGGAUGAGGGAGACCAGGACGACAGGAAGGAGGACGUAGCUGAGGAUGAGGAGAUAAUGGAGUAUGCUGGGGAGGAAGUAGUUGUGGAACAAGAGGAUGAGAGCACAGAAAUGGAGGAAAAUAUGGACGAGGUUGAGAAACAAGAGAGUGAGGAAGAUGCCGCAAAGGAAGCUGAUCAAGAGGAAGAGAUGCUGAUUGAAGACAACAAAAGGGAGAUAUAUGUUGAAGAACUAAAUGAAGAACAAAAAGAUGAUGAUGAGGAGGAGGAAAAAGUGGAGGAGGAGGAGACCAAAGAUCAGUCAUGUCCAUUGGAGGAUGAAGAGCAAGAGAUCAAAUUAGACACAAGCAUUAACAUUGAAAGCUUCCAUGAGACGGAACAAUCGAUCGAAGGUAGUACCUUGGCAUCAACAGAGGUGGUGAACCAGCCUGAGGAUCUUGUAGUGCAGGAGUGUACUGAGCAACCUUCCUUUGUGGUCAUGACCUCUCUUGAGCUCAGUUUUCCCAAGAAAACCUCACCCCAGCCUAAGGAAACCGAGCACGUUCCUGAAAUUCUGCAGCAUGAGAUUCUGGAAGAAUGUGAAGAUCAGUCCACAGAAAGUCUGCAGAUCGAUGAUGAGCAAUCUGAGGAGGUCCAUCAAGAGGAGAUGCUGUCUGUGAGUCACCAGUUAAGCACCUCUGAAAGUGAGGCUGCUAAAGAAUCAAUUCAGGAGCUCUCGCACUCUAUGGCAGAUGAUGAACCUGUAUUCAAGUCCCCGAGCAGAGAUCAGUCUUCUGUUUCCAUGACAGCUGAGCAAUCUGCCAGCCAAGAGGAGACUCAGAGUCUGCCAUCAUCCCCUCUCCAGAGAGAGAUAUGCCAAGCUGACGAGGACACAACCCCAGAGAACCCCUUUGGAGUCCGGCUGAGAAAGACACCGGUUCUGCACCGCUAUGCUUCGGAAGGAGAAACUCCGACUCCGAACACAGAGCCUGUGGAGACACCGAAGUCACCUUUCUUAGAGCAACUUUCCAGGAAACCAGUUUUGCCCAAGAAGCCUGAUCAGGUGACUGAUGGUGUUGUGAAGCCCAAAAGAACCUCAGAUCUGGCUGGUAAAGCGUCGGUAGAAAGCUCAGAGUCUCCAAGCUGGAUCUCUUUGGCCAGACAGAAACAGAAGGUCUUCAAAGAGAGCUCCCUGGACGAAUCACUGGGCGAGAGCAAGGAGGAUUUGUUGGACGAUCUGUCAGGUCCGGUUACUAAGGAUCAGCUGAAACCCGUUGCUUCUCCAGUUAAAGUGUCAUGUUCUUUAGAGAUAUCCAAACCAGUGCUGGUGGAAAAGGAGAAAAGGAACAUCAGCCACCCAGUUCCAGCUCCUCUAACCCAGGAUGAGCCUCCAUGGCUGGCUCUGGCCAAGAAGAAAGCCAAAGCCUGGAGUGAAAUGCCACAGAUUGUACAGUAAAGACCAAGAAAACACCAGGCUCAAAACUUCCUUCCAGGACAUUUUGCACACACAGAAAUGAACUUAUCCAGAAUCUGAGAUCUCUCUAACUUUCUCAUCUUUCUUUCCUUUUUUUUGCACACAAAAACACACAUCUACCCAGACUUCUAAGCAAUAUAAUUGGAAUUUGUGUUCCCAUCCUAAUAUCCUUGGGCCCUAAAGGUUAAAAGAAAAGACCAGUUUUAGUUGUUAAUACACUUAAAGUGGUAUAAAAUGGAACCUUCUUCUUUCUGAGGCUUUGUGUGAUCUCGUUUUCAUGUUCUUUUUAAUCGAUAAUACAUCAUG